AAGGAGGACAAUCAACCAGAGUCGAUUUCAGAAAUGGAGUCUCGUCUCCCACCACUUCGGGGUCCAGGCGCGAGCAUCACCAAGUACUGGGAGGCACUUGAACCAAAGAAGAAAGACCCAGAGGAUGACGACGAGGAGGAGGAGCCAAAAUGUCCAGCAGGAGAACGACUCUUGGAGUUCUAUGCUGGAUCCAACAACAGAUUCAAAAAGCAUGGUUGAGAUCGGGACAGGGCGAAUCAAGCAGAAUACCAGGCUGUUGCGGCGAGUCUGUUGGGUAUCGUAGGCGGAAGCAUUGGCCAUCCCUGGGACCCAGCCAAUCCAGUCUUGAUUGGCGUUGGUCUUGGUCAGUUCAAGAGCACAGGGCGCAUUUCGUCCCUCCAUUCAACCUUCCUGGACUACUUUAUCCCAUUGGCCCGAUCAUUGGGGUGACCCUCCGCGAGCUGUACUGUCCACACUGCGAGCAUUAUCACCACAGAGAUGUGAUGGCGGCUGAGAACAUAUCCAGGAUUGUCAGAGGACACCUGGAGAAGCAGGAACGACCUCUUUAUCUACAGCCCAGGACGGCCGAUGGACGGUACCCUUGGCAGGAGGACCCAAACAUGAACUCUUCCACAGUUGGCACCAGCAACACCAACAGCAGUGCACCGAUGACCAGCGCCAGUACAAGCACCGGUGCUCUCCCCCGUGGUCGCAAGAGGACACCAUCUGUAUCGAACAAGCCAAGAAAGCCCGGGAAAAAAGCAAAAGAAGCAAAAGUAUCACACCUAUUUCACUUCGAUGACCUAGUUUACGCCUGAAGUGCACUGGAUUCAACCACUUAAGAGCGUCAGUCUGGAUUGACAUUCACCAUAUUUGGCAUGUAAAAGUCCAAGUUAUGCUUUAACGCUGCUGCAUAAACUCCGUCCCACCUCACCUCUUC